UAUUUUACUUGACUCUAGAAUGGAAAUUGGGUAGCAGCUCUUGAAAAGAUACAAUCAAUUUUAAAUGAAGGUGACCCAUUACGUUUUACAAGAAUGAACCAAUUAAAACACCAGGCGUUGAUGAAUCACCAAGAGGGUAAAGAAGGUAUAGUUAUGAACAGACCAUGGGAUGACCCAGUAUAUCACAAGUUGUGUCGAGGCCAACAGGAAAUACAGCAACCAUCCUCAGAUUCAAGUAGCAUGUACUGUAAGUACACACACGGUGGGUCAUUCGUUUUGCUGUUGCAACCAUACAAAAUGGAGGUGCUACGUAUGGAUCCAUUGAUUGCGUUAUACUAUGAUGUCAUUUCCGAUAAAGAAAUUGGAGUUAUUAAAACUCUCGCCGUACCUAAGAUGGCAACGUCAGUGACUAUUGGCAAAGAUGGGAUUCAGACGCCAUCAACAGAUAUACGAGUCAGUAAGGGUGCUUGGUUGAAAGAUGAAGAAAAUGUCGUGGUUAGAAGAGUGGAUAAAAGAAUUGAAUACCUUACAGGAUUAAGUACAUUGGAACCAGACCAUGCUGAACAGUUACAGGUGGUGAACUACGGAAUAGGGGGUCAGUAUGAUCCACAUUAUGACUUUAAAAAGGACGUUGGUGAAGACAAAAACAUGGUCGACUAUAUACACGCAUCGCAGAAUAGAAUUGCCACAUGGAUGUUUUAUAACGCAGCUGUAUUUUGGUGGAAUUUGCUUCCAUCUGGUGAGCGUGAUUACAGAACUUUACAUGCAGCGUGUCCUGUACUGUUAGGCUCUAAAUGGGUGGCAAAUAAAUGGAUACACAAUGGUGGACAAGAAUUUAGAAGACCAUGUAAUCUAGCGCCAGACAAAGGAGAUACUUAG